AUGGAGGCAAGCUCAGCCCGUUUUCACCCAAAACGAGGGAGCAGGUCUCAUGGACUACGUCAAACUGAACGUCGUAGAAAGGCCAAACGGCUGCAGUACAACGGGAUUCAGGCGUCCUCUUCUGAUGUAAAUACGCCCAGUGGCACUGCCAAAGCUACUGGAAUCAUCAGCCACGUCCCGAUUCCAUUUCCCCUCGAUGACAACAAGAUGUGCGACUUCAUCUCGCCGCUCUGCCCACUUCAGGAGAAACAUGUUUACAACUACUCCGCUUCUUUCCCUAUCAAAACAAUUUAUCCCUCCCUGCAUUAA